UAGAAAAUUAAUAUUAAAAAUUUAUAUAGAGAAAAAAAAGGAAAAUUACAAAUCAAAUGAAUAAAAACAAAAAUAAUUUAAAAAAUAAAUUAAAUUUUUAAAAAUUAAAAAAGAAAAGAUACCCAAAAUAAUUAGAUUUAAAAAUUUAUAUAUAAUGAAACCAUAGAAGAGUAACAAUGUAAUUAAGAACAAAACAACCAUAAAGAAAACUAAAAUUAUUUUAAUUAACUUGGCGUCAAUUUAAAAUAAAAUUUAUAUAAUUAAAAAAAUAUAUAAAAUAAACAUUUUAAUGUUUAAAUAUAUAUAUAUAUAUACAUAUAUAUAAAAAUAUAUAAAUUUCAACUCUAAAAUAUUUUUCUUUAAUAAUUUUUAAUUUUAAUAAAAAACAAAUUAAUGAAUGAAUGAAAAUACAAUAAUGUAUUAAAUUCCAUACACAUAUACACACACAUUUAAAUAAAAAAAAUUUUAUUAAUAAAAUAAUAAAUACUAUUUCAAGAAGAGUUAUAAUAUUUAAUAACUUUCUUAUUAAAUACUUUAAUAUUAUAAAAAAUAAUAUAACAUAUGCAAUAAUAAAGAAAAAAAAAUAUAUUUGAUUAAUUAUUAUAUACGUAACUUGGCAACUCUUAACCUUAACUAAAAAAUAUAUAUGAAUAGAAAAUUGAUUUGUGAACUUAAUCUAACUGUAUAUAAAAUAUAUGUGUAUAAAAAUGUAAAAAGGCGGUCGGUUCAUUAGGAAAAACAUAAAAGCAUAGCAAACACAACUUUUUCUACAUUUUUUGUUUGUAUGUGUAGUACUAUUGCUCUCAUUCUAUUCUACUACUUAAUACUAAAAAAUAUUAAAGGGUUACCACUCCAAUUCAAUUUUCUAUUGUUUUUAUAAAAAUGUUAACCUAAAAGGAUAUUUUAAAAGGAAAACGCAAAUAGAAUCAAAAAAACUACUAUUUAAAAUUAAAAAUAAAAAAAAUAUUAAAAAUAAAAAACUACAAUAAUAAUAUGAUGGUGAAUUCAUCUUAAAAUUUAUUUAUAAAUAUAUACAAAAAAAUUUUAUUAUAUCCGAAAUAAAAUAUAUACUAUUAAUAAAAAAGAAAAAAUAAAAAACAAAAAUGGCAACAAUAACUCCAAUUCCAAUAAGAAGAGAAACAAUUGUUUUACCAUCUGGUAAUAAAACAUUCUCAUAUACAAAUUUAAAUCAAGACCAUUAUCAUCAUCAACAACAACAACAACAAUUACAGCAAUUUCAUCAAAAUAGACAACAAAAUCAUGAAAAUAAAAUUCAACAUAAUAAUCAACAUUCAAUAUCAAGAAUAAUUUCAAUUAAAUCAACAUCAUCCGAUUUAUCUAAUACAACGGUAGCAACUGUUGAACCAGUAAUUUUUUAUGCUCCACCUGCAUCAUCUCUAUUAUCACCAUCAUCAUUAUCAUCUUCGUCAACCGGGGAAACAACAUCAUCAUCAUCUUUAUUACAAACAAUUAAAAUCACUUCAAUACCAACACCUUCAAUAAAUUAUUUAGAAACAACAAAAACACCAUCAUCUAUAGUGUCAUCAACACAAUCAUCAUUAAUAUCACCAAUGACAAAAUCAACAACUUCAAGAAAUAUCAUUAAUAAUUCUCCAACUAUAUUAAUAAAUCAAACUGCAAUUGAACAACAAGAUUUAUCACAAAAUUCCAGAAAUCAAUUAGUAAUGAAUCAAAAUUUUGAAAAUAGUAAUAACAAUAAUACCAAUAAUAAUAAUAUUAAAAAUAAUAAUAACAAUAAUAAUUAUAAUAGUAAUAAUUGUAAUAAUAAUGAUAACAAUAUUACAAUAAUUAAUCCAACAUCUACAAAAAUUGAAAAUAAUUUAAUAAAUCAUACAAAUAAAUUAACAGCAAUGAAUAACAAUCAUAAUAAUUUAAUAAUAUCAAAAUCUAUAUCGACUUUACCGUCAAUACCAUCAACAACGUCUUCUUCUAUAUUAUUUCGUGAAAGAAGUAUUGAAGAAACUGAAGCAGCACAUGAUUUAUUAUCAUUAUCACAAAGUUUACCACCACUUCCAGCUCCGUGUGUUGUAACAAUAUUACAUAAUUCUUCCAAUAAUAACAAUAUAAUAACAACAACAUCAUCAACAGCGACAUCAUUAUCAACAAGUAAUGAUAUUAAUUGUCAUAACAGUAAUAAUAGCAAUAAUAUAAAUAGCAAUAGUCGUAAUAUAAUUACACAUAGUAGUUAUCAUUUAAAUAGUAAUAAUAAUAUUAAUAAUAAUAAUGAUAGUGAAAUUUGUAGAAAUAUUCAUAAAAAUAAUCAUAAUAGUAAUGAUAUUAAUAAUAAUAAUAAUGAUAAUAAUUCAAUUACAAUUGAAACUGUUAUGCAAGAAAUUUCAAAUAAUACAAAUCAAAUUGAUAAUGAUAAUAAUGAAUUAAAUCGUAGUAACUCUUAUGAUAAUGUAUCAACUUACCAUAAUAUGGUACCAAUAUCAUCUGAUAUUAUAUUAAAUCAUAAUAAUCAAUCUCCUAUUAAAAAAAUUCGCUAUAAUACACCUACAGCUAAUAUAACAAAAACAAUAGCAAAAGUAACAACAAGAACAGUAAAUUCUUAUGAUAGUAAUAAUACUGAUAAUUGUUCACCAUUAACACCUCCAAAUUCUGAACAUUCGUCCGAUUUAGAAAUUGAUAUAUCAUCAACUGCAUCAGAAUCUUCAACUUCAUCAUUUUCACCUGGCUAUUCAAUAUCAGCUGCUUCAUCAUCACUUAUUAGUUCAAUAUCAACAAAUAAUGAUAGCAAUAAUAAUAAUAAUAACAAUAGUAAUAAUAAUUCUAAUAUGACAGCUAUUAAAUCAUCAUCAACAACAACAAUUAUAAAAUCAUCACGUCCAAUAUCAAGCAUUAAUAAUAAUUAUAAUAAUAAUAAUUGCAUUUAUUCUACCUCAUAUAAAAAACAAAGUCAUCAUCAUCAUCAUCAACAAAAAAAUCAACAACAACAACAGCAACAACAAGAGCAACAGCAACCACAACAAAAAAUUCGACCAAAUUAUAAUAAAAAUAGUAAUAGUAAUAUUAAUGAUCUUCAUAAUAUUGAAUUAUCAAAACAUAAGCAUAAAACUAAAACAAAUACAAAUAUAAACACCAAUACAAAAACAAUUAUUAUAGAAAAUGACCAAAAUAAUAGUAUUGAAGAAGCUUUAACAACAAUAAAAGAAAAUAAUAAUAAUGAUUCAAUAAAUAAUAAUAACAGUAACAAUAAUAAUAAUAAUAAUAAUAUAAAACCUUUUAAUGACGGUAAUGAAAAUAACAAUAACAAUAAUGAUCAAAAUAAUUUAAAAUCAUUAUCAUUAUCAUCAUCGUCGUCAUCAUCAUCAUCUUCAUCAUCAUCAUCAUCAUCAUCAACUAAUGUUGGACGUAAAUCAAAAUCAGGCUGUCAUAAAUGUUUAAUAUGUGGUAAAGAAUAUGCAACAUCAAGUAAUUUAUCACGUCAUAAACAAACACAUCGUAGCUUAGAUUCACAAUCAGCUAAAAAAUGUAAUACAUGUGGUAAAGCAUAUGUAUCAAUGCCAGCAUUAGCUAUGCAUUUAUUAACACAUAAAUUAACACAUAGCUGUGAAAUAUGUGGUAAAUUAUUUUCACGUCCAUGGUUAUUACAAGGACAUUUACGUUCACAUACUGGUGAAAAACCAUAUUCAUGUUCACAUUGUAAUAAAGCAUUUGCUGAUCGUUCUAAUUUACGUGCCCAUAUGCAAACACAUUCAAUUGAAAAAGCAUUUCAAUGUCAUAAAUGUUUAAAAACAUUUGCAUUAAAAAGUUAUUUAAAUAAACAUUUAGAAUCGGCAUGCGUUAAUCGUGAACCAUAUAAUAAUAUACAAAGUAGUGAUGAUAAUGACGAAGAUAUUAUUGUAACAUAAUUAUAUUAUAUAUAUAUAUAUAUAAUAUAAAGCAAAAUAUAAUAAUAUAAUUAAUUAAAUAUAUUACAUAUAUUGUAAAUAUCACAAUAAUAUGUAAUUAUAACAUUUUGUAUAAUGUCAAAAAGUCAAAAUUUUUCAGAUAUUUGACAUUGACAUUGACAUUUUAUA